AUGGGAAUUGACCAAAAUUCAGAAGUAGAUGUGUUCGAUCUGUUACCAGAUGCACUUGUGCUUGAAAUAUUCAACAGAGUUGAAGAUGCUAAGUCGCUAUCCGCCUGUUCGGUUCUUUGUAAGCGGUUCGGGGAUCUUGUAGCGCAAACACAGAACGUUUCGCUUGAAAUCACUCGGCGGAAGACGCUGCAGGAGGUGUCCAAGGGUUGGCAUAUGAAUAAAUCGAAAGGGUUAAUUGCUCGAUUUGUAUUGAAGCCGCUUCAUGCUUUGGUUCAUCGUAUGGUUUCGAGGAAGUCAAAGACGUGUUGUGAUGACGAGGACGAUGAUAUGUUUAGAUUGCCUAAUGAUUUGUUGAAGAAUUUUAAGGAAAUCCGGUCGUUGUCCGUCAAACUUCCCGGUCAUGACGGAGAUAUCUCGUCAGAAAAUGGUUCAGGUGCCUUGUUAAAAUGGAAGGCCGAAUUCGGGAAACAACUCGAGAGCUGCGUAAUAUUGGGAGCGACCGGCUUUCACAAAAGGGACGAAACAGAAACCUUAAAAUCCGAAGCGCCAGCAGCAGCAGCAUCAAACCUAACAAACAAACAGCUUAAAAAACGCGUAGUAUGGACAAUCUCAUGCCUGAUAGCUUCUUCUGCACGUCACCAUAUUCUGAAGCAAAUCAUUUCAUGGAACCACCGUACAAUACGAGACGUAAAAAUCAGCGACGGAAGCAAGCAAGGGACAAUUCAGAUGACAGAGAAGCAAGUGGUGGAGCUCAGGAAAGAGAUGGAUAAGGUUGUGGGACUAGAGAGAACCAAAGUUCCGGCGGUGACGAUAAAGAUGUGGUACGUGCCGGUCUUGGAGUUGCCGGAAUCAGGUGGGGUCAUGAAAGGGGCAACUUUGGCGGUCAUCAGGCCGACCACGGUGCCGGUGGAGAAGGAGGAUGACGUCACUUUGGCCACAGGUGCGUUUGGAGAGGAUUUCACGGCCGAAGCUGUUAGGAAGCUGGUUCACACGAACAAGUCUUAUACGCUUGAAAUGAAUUCAUUUUGA